ACCCUGUGGCACGGCCGUGUCUUGUGAUUGGUCCAUGUUGAUCAUCCUAUCAGGAGGAUUCGGAGCGUUUGUCGGUGGUGAGCAGCUGCUGUGAUGUGACUGGAGGUUCACCGGGUCGUGCCGAGAGCUCUUUGUACAUUCUGAGCCCAGACUGUGAGCUGUACAUCUGCGACGGAGAUGACGACGACGACAGCGCUGACAGCUGUCUUGACCAGAGUGACGACUACCGGGAGCUCAGCGGCUCCGGCAGCGCAGAGAAUGAAUACCCGCCGCUGAGAAUGACUCGACUUGACCCGUCACCCCACCGAAGCGACGCCCGGUCCUGGAUGGACGAAACUCACAGCAGAGAUGGUCUCAACAGGCGUUCAGGGUUUAAAGAAGGAAUAGAGAAGCGAGAAAGCGGCUACUUCUCUCUGGGGAGGGCAGCAGGUGCCCGCGCCCCCCGUGAUAACAGCCCCCAAGCACCUUUUCGCCAUUUCGAAAGAGGCCAUCCAAUCUUUAGCAGUCAAAACAUCGAGCCCAAGGAUACCGUCCCCUUCAGAAAUCCCAAUCUCGGUCUGGCCUCUGAGAGGCAGGUACCCGAGGUUCAGGAUGAAGAGCUGCCUGUGGAAUUCCUUCCUCCUCACCCCUACGACAUUGCCGUUGAGGUUGAGGCACAGGUUGGCGCUUGUUCUCCAAGUCCGACCCCUUUUAAAAUAGCUGAGUCGCUAGCCCGUGUGGAGCGAAAAGGCUUGAUCCACUCUUACGGUAGAGGAACGGCUUCUUCCAAUUCUGCCUCCCAACAAUUUGGGCGCUUUGAUUCUUCGAGGCAAGGCUCAGCUCUACAAUCUCGCUCUUCCUCCCCGCCACGUGGAAACGCUCGAUUGAGGGAUGGUGACUUUCCGUCUCCGAUCAGAGGGCAUACCGUUGAUUGUACGGAGCCCCGAUUGAGAGGCACCCUGCGAGGAUCACAUGGCCGACAUUUAGACUCAGGAACUUUGCCAAGAAACUUUAAAUCUCUUGCCGGGUCAGUCAAAUCCCAAUCCAGUACAGUCUCUGAUUUUAGGAGCGCCUUACGAAAAACGGAAGUCAGUGGAUCCUUCGGUGGUCGGGGUCUGGAAAGCAGGAGCUCAUCUGUUGGCAAAAUGUCACUCUACAAAACUGUAAAUACGAUCAGUUCAUUACACGGACUCGCCAAUCCUACACACACUCCAUCUCGCAGACCUGCUUGGAGUCGCCAUGAAAGUCGUGUGUCCUCGCCCACAAGAAGAACUUACAGUUCAUCGGGCCAAUUUGUCCUUCGUAAAUCGGAAUCGAUGACCUCACUGGACGGAAGAGGUCAUCAUGGACGCUGCGGGUCCCCAAUAAGAGAAGGCUAUGACAUUGAAAGUCAGGCUGUCCUGCGAAAUGGACUGAAUGGCCUCGAUCAUGAAAACGCAAGCCGCCCUCCAACCAAAUGUUGUUAUGACACAAUGAGUCAGCCAAAACUUAACAAGACGGGAUCCAAUACUGGCAGUGGCAGUCAAGUCCUUGAUAGCUAUUCUGAAAAAAGAUCCUUUAGAACUACUGGUCAAUAUCCACUUCGAAAAACAGGAAGCUGUACUUUGUUUAAUGGUCGUGAAAGUCGAAAUUCCUCUCCUUCAAGGAGAAGUGAUGAAACUUCCACUCAGUUGACACUGCGCAAGUCUGAAGUUAAAACUUUUGACAGCCAUAGCUCUAUGCCAUCAAAACAGAGCUACAGGGCCCCUCACCAACCCUCAUUUCGUAAAAAUGAGCUUGGCAGCUCUUUAAAGAGAAAUAAUAAGAAUACCCGUAACGCUUCCCCGUCUGGAAAUACCACCAAUGACCCACCGGGUUAUUCUGUCCUCAGACAUGCCAACAAUGGAGAGGGCGGCCGUUCAUUUCAGAGAAAAAACAAUGAUAGUGUCUCAAAAUCUGCCUCUGAUCGCUCAUGGCGGGGAUCGACACAUUCCCUGCGCAGCUCCUCGCUAUCCCGUGCUGCUUCUCCCACCAUGCGGAAUGCACAAGUCCACAGAAACACUUCCGUCACCUUGCAAACUCACAGAAGCUCCGGUGGUCUUCGAUCUAUGGAUGGGCGACAGGGUCUAGAAGAUCGCUACACCACCCAUCAUGCUCAGAGGAGCCCUUCGCCUGUACCUCCGAUGAAAACGCACAGCCAUACUUUAUUGCAGAGCUCCAUGGAUUCCUCUGAGUCUGUGGCCUCCGCUGGAAACAAAAAGGAGGAAUAUGGCACGAUGGCUGAUCUGCCCAAAGUCAAAUGGAUCCAUCAGAGGGAUGAGCACGACCACAUGGAGAGACCUCACCAGUGCUCUCGGAGACAGCAGCUCUUCAAACCAGCCAGCCACUCCCUAAGCAAGCAUCCCUCCAGAGAGUGGGAAGACACGGGGGAAACGGACAGAGAAUGGCACUAUGGCGGUAUCGGGUAUCUACCUCGAGUUCACUCCUGCUCCUCGUUGCAAAGGUCUUGCAGUCCCACAGCAGAUGCGGGCAGUUCUUGGAUAGAUUAUCAUCACAAAUCAGCGCCAAUGCAGGUAUGCGACACAGCUAGUACAAACAACUUUCACUGAUUUCAUUUAUUUUUUGAAUUUUCCCUGGUGGCAAAUGAAAACACAUUUGUUCCAUAAAUGCAACACAAAAUGCUUCCCAAAUAGUGUCAGGAGUCCAUUCUUCAGAACACGAAAGCUCACUCAUACGGUAAUAAACAUGAUCUUUCUUUUCGACUGUUGUCAGACCAGAUGACAGCUUGCCCAGCGUUCACAGAUCAUGUUUAUUAUUUGUGGAUUACACUGAACCUUCUUUUUGUCAACAUGCAGUUGUUUUGUAGACUCUCUACCUUAAUGCCUACAGGCAUUUCUUAAAACUGAGCUUUGUCACUUGUGGUGUGCUGGCUGGGGCAUGUGGUGAAAUUCCUGGGUUGCUCCAAGUGAAACCAACAGCGACAAAAUUGGGUGACCCGGAUGUAGGUGGUGUGGCCCAUAGAUGUAGAUACUUAGACGUCGCCUUGGCGCUAAUUGUACGUCUAAGUCGCGACCAUAUUGGAUGUGGAAAAGUGAAGCGGUUGAUGAAGAUGGCUCAUUCAUUUGCCGGACAGAGAUUUACGACCGAUUGACAUUUUAUACUCAAAACCAGAUCUCAUGGGAUUAAGACUGUGUGUGUGUGUGUGUGUGUGUGUGUGGUGGGCAAUUUAGAGGCAUUUACUUUAUGCACUUUAUAGGUUUUCACUCUAUGGCAGUCAAACCAUUGGCGUAAAUUGACGCCUGGUAGAUAUGCCACAUCAAAUAUGGCUGACGCGUGGACGUACACAGCAACGGCUCACGAUGCUUAACGAGGUGCUCAGUGUCUGUUUGUCUUGGCGCUGGCAGUCUUGGUGCUGCGGACCGCGAGCGGGAGCUACAGAGCUGUGUUUUCUUCUUCAAAGAGUCAAGCGGAGCCGCCCAGGAAGUAAACCACAAGUCAAAAAUACGAGUCGAGUCGCUGCUGUCCAAGAUCGCGCUACACGAUAUUAUCUUUUUUAGCCGCAAUUACGUCAAACGUGUCUGUGUUUGGCGGAGUUCACUUUCUCCUUAAGAAGGUCGAAGCUUCGCUUGAUGGGACAGUGAAUGGCGCGGUUUUUCCAAAGUCGAUUAACGUUGGUCUUGACCAAGAAAGUUGUACAACUUUAUUGACGGGUUGAUUGGGUGAAGUCGAACGGGGAAUUCCAA